AUGGAUGAUGAGCCAGUUAUAAAUGAUGAACCAGUUAUGAAUGAUGUGCCAGUUAUGACUGAUGAGCCAAUCAUAGAUGAUGAAUAUGAUGAGCCAGUUAUGAAUAAUCAACCAGUUGUAGAUGAUAAAUAUGAUUCGUUUGAUGAGGAACCUUUGAUAGAUGAUGUGGAGGUGAACAUGAUCAACUUCUCUAGUGUACUUGAUGAAGACAUUGACUUGGGGCAGCCUGAUCCGACAAACAAUAAUACAGAGGAACAUGAAAACAGUGAAGAUGAACCUUUAGAAGUCUUAGAUAAUGAUGUGUUUGAGUCAUUUGCUAGUGAACAAGAGCCUAGAAAGAAAUUGUUAAAGUCCAUUCUAAAACCAGUUGCUUGUUCAUCUGGUGAGAAAAACAACCAACUCAGACAAAGUAACCAUUUCACCAUCAUCAAUCUUGCUUCGAGAUUGUUUCUUCCACGCAACAACCCCGGAAUCACAACAGUUGACCUAGGGCACAUGGGAGGGUCGAACCAUCCAAAAACGCUGCAUGUUCCUCCUAACCUUGAGCAUGACCAGAAUCGACGACCUGGGUUCAAAUCAGUCCACGAUGUCACCAAAAUCGUCGGCCUUCCACAGUGGCAUAUCACCAUCUUCUUCUAUUUUGGAAUAGAAUGUGAGUGGGGAGGGAAGAACAGAGAACGAGAAGUAAAAGGAUAUGAAGGUGGGGCUUACAUUAUAUACUCUGAUGCAUAA